AUGGCGCAGAUUUCAUUAGAACAAAAAGGUGUGAUGGAAGAGGGAGAUUAUCAAGAUCAAGCCUUAAAUUUAAAUCCUAAUGCCUAUAACAAUGAAGUUUCAACGAGUGACUACUGUCAACCCACAAAAGCUGGACUUAUCAAAGCUGAAAGUGUUGUGGAAUCUGACAGUAAAGAAAGUGAAAAUGAUGACUUUGAUGUUUCCAAAAAAACACUUACCAGAGAAUCUUUACAUGACAAGGAAGUAAUAUAUGUACCUCUCUCUCUAAUGAAUAAGAGUAAAGUUAUCAAAUUAAAGAAAAAUCCCUCAUCAAUUGUUAUAGAAAAGCAUGAUUGUGUGCAGGUUGAUGUUUUUCUACAAGCAAAUGAGAAGAUUUCCCUUGAUGCAAAAAGUAUUGUAGAAAAAACAAAAAAACCUUACUCUGUGAAAGGGAGCUUUGGUGAAGUUUUGAAAAUCAAGGAUCAACCCAUUGUAAUAAAAAAGGUGAAAGAAGUGAAAUGGAAUGAAAUAUUUGUUCCAUCUUUGAUCUGUAAAGCAGAAAACAUAACCAAAGUCUUAGGAGUUUUUUUUUACUUGGAUUGUAAAUAUAUUUUUCAAGAAGAUGCAGGGUGCUCACUUAUAGAGUGUAUAAUAAAUAAUAACGGUUUUACAAAGUUCAUUGAGCGUGGUGAAAAGAAUUUCUUGAACAUUGCACUUGACAUUGCUUAUGGUUUGGAUGCCUUACAUUUUUUAAAUCUUUGUCAUUGUGACAUCAAGCCUGGAAAUAUUUGCGCCAAACGUAACCCUGAUAACUCAUGGAAUGCAAAAUUAAUAGAUUUUGGUUCCAGUAAGCAUGCACAAGAAAAGUGUGGAAUCAGCGGGAUCACCCCAGAAUACCUCCCUCCUUCAGCAAAUAAAAUUCUACUUCUUGGUUCUAAGAUGCUAAGCCUGGACUGCACAGAUGAUGUUUGGGCUUCAGGAAUGGUGAUAUUGUUUCUUAUGAUUCAUGAUCAUCCCACAAUGGCACAUUAUAAAUCAGAAUUAGAAAAGAAUAGUCCAAAUAUACAGAAGAACAACAGUCCAAAUAAACAGAAUGACAGUCCAAAUAUACACUACAGGAAGGCAGUUAUGAGUAUGAUAGAGAAGUUGACUGAUCCGCUGCCGGACUUUUUUCUUCCUAAAACACCUGUAGUAACUGCCACAUUACUACAAAAUGUUCUUGUUGUGGAUCGUCACAAGAGAUGGACUGCUAAGGAAAUGUGUGAUUUCUUGAAUGCAAAAAUUGAUAAUCUUGACUUGACAAGCCAGACAGAAUUUAAUAGUAGUCAGAUUGAAAGUUCUAUGGAAGAUGUGGACAUAAAGACAUGUAAAGGCAAGCGUGGACCAUGCAUACCUGUUACACAGGAGCCAGCUCCCGACAUUAAAAAAUUCCUAUCUCAGUAUGGUAGAAGGCAGCAUGAUAUGGCAAAAGCAGAUUUGCAAAAACAACCUGGUAAUGUUACUCCAGUAGGUGCUGGAUCUUCCUUUGCUAGACAAACUGGUCAAUUCGAAGCUAACACUAGACUAUGCUGCGAAGGGAAACUACUUAGAAGCAGAUCACCAUUGAGACUAAAUAAAGUAGAUUCAGUCUGGGGCACAGUAACAAAUGAAGUAGAGCCGACUAGGGACCGAGUGCUAAAUAAAGUUGAGCCAGCUAGAAGCACAGUGCUAAAUAAAGUUGAGCCAGCUAGAAGCACAGUGCUAAAUAAAGUUGAGCCAGCUAGAAGCACAGUGCUAAAUAAAGUUGAGCCAGCUAGAAGCACAGUGCUAAAUAAAGUUGAGCCAGCUAGAAGAACAGUGCUAAAUAAAGUUGAGCCGACUAGGGACAGAGUGCUAAAUAAAGUUGAGCCAUCUAGGAGUAGAGCACCAUAUCCAGUAGAGUCCAUCUGUGGUCAAGUACCACAUGAGCUAGGACCUGUUUGGACCAAAUUACCAAAUAAAGCAGGGUAUGUUAGAAGAAGAACAUCAAACGAGGGAAACCCACAGUGUAAAGAAGAGCAAGACUCGUGGGGACUGCAAAUUAAAAAAUUACCUUUCGUGGGAGGGUUAACCACCCAAAAAUUUGAACCCUGCCAGCCUCAGGUGCAUCCCUCAACCUCGGUGGAACAGGACAUGGACUACAUUAUCCACUCAACUCCAGAGUGUGAGAACAUCCCAGACUUUGAAGCAUUGUUUUAAUAAACAUUAUUAUUUCUGGGUUCCUAAAUUACCAUUUUCUGCUCAAAAUGUGAACCUCCAAAAAGGUUAAGAACCACUGAUCUAGCAGAAGCUCUUUUAUGUUAAGGCACAGUAUAACUAAUGACUAUUGUAACUGUCACUAAUAGCAACAUUUUGUAUUUAAUAUUUUUCCAGUGUUAGCUUUCUUGUUAAGAAAAACAUUUCUGUUAGCGUAUUUUUUCAUGUGGCUUAUUUUUUGUAAAUGUAUGUUUUAUAGCUUUACUUCAUUUUAUUACUUGUUUUAUAUAUUAAAAAAAUUAGCUUAAAGUUUUUAAUGUAUGGCCCUUACAGUUACUUAUGAACAUUCCUUUUUGCAUUCUAACACUAUAACAUUU